ACACUUAAUGUCCCCUUCCCCACUUCCAGGCUGUCAUCCAUCGCUAUGAGGGCCCUGGCUGUCGACAAGGAGCUGUCACCACUCAAGAAGAGUCUAGCCAGCGGCCACAGAAGCCCGGACGCUGCUGCUGCUGCUGGUGGGUGCGUCCUCCGGGUCCACUACAAGGCCACAACGAACCGCAUGCUACGUGUCGCCGUCAACUCUUUCAUGGAUAGCCUGGCCCUCAUACUCGAGGUGAUGGAAAGGCUCGAUGUGGACGUUCUAGAGGCGCAACAUGCAGGGUAA